AUGGACGACCCUGGUCCCUCGAAAGAAAGUCCGUCGAUUGCGACAUCGUCCGAAGUGACCAAAAUCCGCGACCUCAUUAACGAGAUCGAUGAACACAGAGAUGAGGGCCCAGCGGAACGCAUGCCUACCCAUCGAUGGAAAAUGAGAGGAAUUCUACGCAAGAUGCAAGAUUGUUUGGCUUCUUUCACGACUGCAACAAGCUCUUGUCACAUGGACGGUUCAAUGAAAUCUUCCAUUGAGGGUCUAUCAGAUGAUAUAGACAAGUUGUUGACGCAUCCAAAGAAGACCAAGGCCCUUCGAGAUCGCAAACACCAUGGCGACUGCGACCCUUAUUUUUACAGGUAUGAGCAUUAUGAUCUUUCACCUGCAUGUCUCCGCACUUGCAAGGCGUUAUAUCAAGAAGGUCUCCCAUUUUUAUAUGGCGAGAACACAAUUGGCCUUAUUCAAGACUGUUGUCAAAAACUUGAUCUCGAUUGUCCUUUGCUAUGGCAAUUGGGCCCAAAUACGCAUUUGGUCAAGCACGUUUACCUUGAUGUAGACACGGAAUCGAGCGAAAAGUUGGGGGCUUUUCACGCCUUAGCCGAAUAUCUUUUUGAGAACGAUCAACAAUUCAAGUCUCUUACGCUGUCUCUUGACCCUGGUGGGUAUCUGUAUUCAGCAAUAAUACCCGAUGCUUUAAUACAGGUAUUUCAAUACAAAGUCACUGGGAAUGUACAACUAAGAGUCAAAGAGGAGGCGCUUGUGGACUUGGAGGACCAGGGCUGGAGCUUGGUUGGCUGGGACGAAUAUUUCAAUGUUCAUUAUGACGCGCGGCCUAUUGUAGGAGACAGAGACGACUUCAACGAUUCAAGUUACACCUACUACAACUUGAAACCUGGUAUCAAAAAGUUGACGGCAUAG